AUGUCGGUCGAUAUCGAGCCUACUGAGCUGAGCUUCAAACGGCCCUUCACUGUUGAGGUUUCUCAGAUCUUGCGAAUCAAGAACCCGAACCAAUCCCCCAUCGCCUUUAAGGUCAAAACCACCGCUCCUAAGCAGUACUGCGUUCGGCCCAACUCAGGUCGUGUUGAGCCCGGUCAGGAUGUGGAGGUCACUGUUUUACUCCAAGCCAUGAAGGCGGAGCCGCCCCUAGACACGAAGUGCCGUGACAAAUUCUUGGUUCAAUCCGUUCCCAUUACUGCCGACAAGGAAUUUGCCAGCAUUGCCAACAUUCUCGACCAGACAGACAAGGCCAGUCUUCAGGAGAAGAAGAUUCGCGUUACCUGGCUGCCCGCCGACGACCAGUCGCCCAACGGACCCAGCGCCGCGGCCGUUGCUUCUACUCCCAGUCGUCACUCCGUCGUCAAUGGCGAUCAUACUCCCGAUGUUUCACGCGUUUACUCUUCUCCCGGUCAAGAAGCCGACGGUGCCAGCCCCAACGCUGCUGCGCAAUCUGGAAGCCCUGACGUGAAAGACGACUCCGUUUCUGAGAAGGCGCAAUCGACGGUCAGUGCCGCAAGUCACGUCGUUGCCAGCACUGCACAGGCCACGUACGAUGAGUUGAAACAGAAGCUUCAGCAGGCCGAGGCCAAGAUUGCCACCCUUCAAGAUACCAGCGGUCUUCGUCAACGCGUGAAGACAGAGAGCGAAAAGUUGCCCAGUGCUCAACAGGCUGCUGCGACAGUAAGGCAGGGAACGGAGGGAGUCUCAGUACAGAUGGUUGCGAUCCUUUGUCUGGUCAGCUUUCUUCUCGCCUACUUCUUCUUCUAA